AUGGCGGUGUGCGCACGGCUGUGCGGCGUGGGGCCGGCCCGCGGCUGCCGCCGGCGCAGCGCCGCGAGGGAGCAGCGCCGCGGCGCCGCCGACAGCGAGCCCGACACCGAUACGGACCCCGAGGAAGCGGGAGGUGGCGGCGUAACGGAGGACGAGGAGGCCGCGGAACGCAUUGAGGGCGGGCGGCCCCUUCCGCCUUCUGUCGAGGCCGGCCCGGCCGGGCGGGCCCCGCUAUCACUGUUGGAGCUGCCCCCGGAGCUCCUGGUGCAGAUAUUCGGCUCCCUGCCCGGUACUGACCUGCCUAACCUGGCCCGAGUCUGCACCACCUUCCGCCGCAUCCUCCGCACCGACACGAUCUGGCGGCGGCGCUGCCGCGAAGAAUAUGGAGUGUGUGAAAACCUGAGGAAGCUGGAGAUCACAGGAGUGUCCUGUCGAGAUGUUUACGCCAAACGUAUAAACCCACGGGUGAAGUCGGGGCGUUUUAUGAAAAUCCUGCCCGACUACGAGCACAUGGAGUACAGAGAUGUUUACACCUGCCUGCUGCACCGGUACCGGCACAUCCUGGGAUUGUGGCAGCCGGACAUCGGGCCCUACGGGGGACUGCUGAACGUGGUGGUGGAUGGUUUGUUCAUCAUUGGCUGGAUGUACCUGCCCCCUCACGACCCUCACGUGGAUGAUCCCAUGAGGUUCAAACCCCUCUUCAGGAUCCACCUCAUGGAGAGGAAAUGUGCCACGGUGGAGUGCAUGUACGGCCACAAGGGACCUCAUAAUGGCCACAUCCAGAUUGUAAAGAAGGACGAGUUCUCCACCAAGUGCAACCAGACGGAUCACCACCGCAUGUCAGGGGGCAGGCAGGAGGAAUUCCGGACGUGGCUGAGGGAGGAGUGGGGUCGGACUCUGGAAGACAUUUUCCACGAACACAUGCAGGAGCUCAUCCUGAUGAAGUUCAUCUACACCAGCCAAUACGACAACUGCCUGACGUACCGGCGCAUCUACCUCCCCCCCAGCAGCCCCGAGGACCUCAUCCAGCCAGGCCUCUUCAAAGGCACCUACGGGAGCCACGGGCUGGAGAUCGUCAUGCUGAGCUUUCAUGGGAGGAAAGCCAAGGGCACUAAGAUCACUGGAGAUCCCAACAUCCCAGCUGGACAGCAGACUGUGGAGAUAGACCUGGCACAUCCUCUGCAGCUGCCUGACAUCGAGAACCUGCACGACUUCAGCGAGCUCUCCCGCAUUGUGCUGGAGGCGCAGGAGCAGGUCCGGCGGGAGGAGCAGGAGCGGGAGCAGCGGCAGGAGGAAGAGGAGCAUUCCCAGCAGGCUGCCUCCCCGCCUGCCAGUCCCCUGGGAGGAGGAGAAGGUGCUGAGGGGGAAGAGACUGCAGCUGGGGCAGAGGGGACGACCCAGGACAAGGCCCCAGCUUCCCAGCCCUUCGUGCUGCCCAUGGGGGUGAUAUCGAGGAAUGAGGAUUAUCCCCGGACCUGCCGGAUCUGUUUUUACGGGACGGGGCUCAUCGCUGGGCACGGCUUCACCAGCCCCGAGAGGACGCCGGGAGUGUUCGUCCUGUUCGACGACGACCGCUUCGGCUUCAUCUGGCUGGAGCUCAAAUCCUUCAGCCUCUACAGCCGCAUCAAGGUCUCCUUCCAGAACGCCCAAGCGCCUUCCAGGGAGGCCUUUGAUGAGAUGCUCAAGAACAUUCAGUCCCUGGCUACUUGAUGAGCGGUUGGUGAUGGAUGGGGCUCGGGGUGGCAAAGGCUGCUGAGCUCCCCAGCCGGGGCUGGGCUGGGCGCUCUCCUGGCUCUGGGUACCUCUGGAUAGAAGCAUGCACUUUGAAUAAAGCCUUUUUACCCCAAAUGUUACACACACAUCCCAGAUCAGACGUGCCCUUCCCUCUGUGCCGCUCCACGCCGCUUCCCAGCGGUUCCUUUUGUUUCCCAGUCUGCGCUUUGGAGAGCUGAAGGGAUCCUGCAGAGAAAAAAAAAAAAAAAAAAAAGGAUGUAUUGGGACUAAACCAACUUCUGGACAGAGGAGGACAGGCAGUGAGAAAGCACAUCCUCCCCUCCAGAAACCUUUCUGUGGGUGCGGCAUUGCCGGGAGAGGCUGGUGUGAUAAUCAUCCUUGGCUUGCUAAUUGCAAUGUGUGGUUUCCUCUGGAGAAUUCCCUCAGCAAGGGCAGGACCCUCACUGCAGAUUGAGGGUGUGCAGCGCUGUCCUGGCUCCUGGGGCUUGAUGGACCUGCUGUCCCUGGAGCUCCAGGUCUGGCUGUCUCCCUGAGGCCAGAGAUCAUUUUUUUUUUUGGUUCCUUGCAGGAGCUAGGUGUGGGACUGGAGCUGGGUGUAAACUGCAAAAAAAAGCUCUGAUGUGUUCAGCUCUGGUUUAUACCUGAAAGGUUCUCUCAGAUCUUUAAAAUGGGUCUGAAAAAGCACGGGAAGGAGCCAAAAGAAACCCAGCUGUGAGAUGAGCCCAGGAGGCUCCAGAUGGGCAGCAGAAGGUGCCGCAUGUCACACGUGUCACUGUGUGACCCCAGGACUGCCAUUCCUGUUCAGGUUGCCCUUGAGAGUCCAGGGUGACAAGGGAUUGUCCUUGUGUGCCUCCUUGUGGCUCCUGGCACUCCCUUCUUUCCCGUUCUAGUUGCACUUGUUUCAUCCCAGAGGAUUUUGUGGGAGCUGUGUGCUGCAGGCAAGGGAGCAGAUUCCCUUUAGCCUGUGCUGUGCAGGGAAGUCCUGGCCAGUGCUCAUCUCCAGGCUGGGAGUUGUGCUGCACUAACACAACCCUUUGUUGCAGCUGCCCUCUGGCUGUGAUGACAAACUCCAAGUCCCUUCUCUUCUCCCCAGAUCGGUGUCUAACAAAACCCUGCCUUCACAUCUCUGCAGUUUCAGGUCUGUAAAUGUUAUCUGUACCUGUGCUGGGGAGGCUUCAGGCGCCUUCUGUGGAGAACUUUCAGUCCCUGCCUGGUUCCAGUGCCUGUGAGCAGCUUCUGUUCUCACUCUCGCAAGGGCUUUUUGCCAUUUCUGCCUCUCAUGUGUUCCCCAGCUGCGUGAGAAGCCAGGCUCCAGCAGAGAUGAGGAGCAGCAGCUCGUGUCACUCACAGGAUUAAUUCCUGUCUCUCUGGAUAGAGUCCUCCAAACCUCUGGGAAUUUCAAGGUGGUUUGGGGCACUUUUUGCUCUGUUCCCUGCAGGUUUGUGAGGAAAGCCUCAGAAUUGAGGCUGAGGAGCUGUUGGAGGCCUGGUGGAUGAAUGAGCUGGGGGAAGCAGCGUGGUUGUGAGCAGCCUGUGGAGGUUUUCCUGCACAGGGAGGAGCCAGCUGGGAUCACACAGGGCUGGCACAGAGGCGCUGGCUGCUCCCUGCCCUGCGCCUUGCAGAGUGGGCAGAGAGGGGACCUGGAGCUGAAACUGGGCAUCUCAGCCUCGUGCUGCAGCUGCUGAGCUCUGUGCAGAGCUCCUGCCUGAUUUGCAGAGGUUUCCAGUUUGGUGCAGGUUUCUGGGACAGCUGAAGAUGUUCAGUGCUGGCUUGACGGUUGGACUCCAUCUCAGAUCUUUUCCAACCUAAAUGUUUCUAUGAUUAGGAUUUUAUUGCCUGUUCAUCUUGGAAUUUGCUGUUAGGCUGCUGCAGUUCUGCCUUGUGUUCUCCCUGACGUCCCACAGGGAUGGGAGAUGUCCUCUUGGGCAGCUGUUCCCAUUGCCUGUCCCUAAAACCAGCUCUUCUUCAGCUGGAUCCAAAGCUGUGAUUGCAGAUUCCUCCCCGCUUCAAUAUCUCCACCAAAAAAAAAAAAAAAAAAAAAUCCUGAAGUUUCACACCACUGGAUUGAUAAUUUUUGCAUUUAGCUUUUAAAUUACGACAAUUUUUUUUUUUUUUUUAAUGGAGAUUAAAAUCCAGAUUGCACUGAUUGCCCUGCAAGUACCUGAGGCUGCAGUCACUCUCCCAAGCCUUGACCUGUCUGUAGCCUCUGUCACCUGUUUGCCGUUGGUUUGUGCAUCUGCUCCUCCCCGGGCUUCUCGUCCCUUCUGAACCUUUCCAGUGGCAGUGCCAAGGCUCUCCUGAAGGCCAGACCUGCUGGGCUGGCUGGAGAGAAGGGUUUUGGUGGAAGCUGAUGCCUUGUGGGAUUUUCCCAGCUCUGCCUUUGCCCCCUGUAGUGGCGUCUUUUUAUUUAUAACUCACCUGGCUGGCCUCAAAACGUCAGGAUAAUUCCUGAUUAAAGGCAGAACUGCUGAUUCCCCCCGGCUUCGUUCUGUCUGGAGCAAAGGAAAUAGCAAGUUUUGUAUUGAUACUCCUCCUCUGAUGCCUUUUCUCCCCUGCUGCUGCUCCAAGCCGGGCAGGCUUUUGUGGCAUUUCAGCAGAAAAUCCCCUGUGGUUUGGCUGAGGGCGAGGGGAGCUGUGAAGAUGGAUUUGGGAAUGUUCCUGUGCCCUUUCCUUCGUGCCUGGCUCUGUCAGUGCUUCCAGCAGGGUAACACGGAGCUCAAACUCCCAGCUCUGGAAUCGCUGGGGACGGGGAGACAGAUUCAGGAGCAGGGUCUGGAUGUGCUCACCCCGGGCUGAGGGGGUGCUCCUGCUUUCCCAAUCCUGCCUUUCCUCGUGGGAAGCUGUGCUGACACCCAGGGCUUGGCCGUGCUGACACCCAGGGCUUGGCCGUGGUGACACCCAGGGCUUGGCUGUGCUGACACCCAGGCCUUUGCUGUGCUCGCUCGUGUUUGCUCAGCCUGCCCCACCCCCUGCAUUCCCCACUUCCUUCCCAAAUCCCGGUUUUCCAGCCCUUGGGGAUCUCUGUGCGAGCUGUUGGCAGGGAUAACGUGUGCUGGGGCCCUGCAGAUGGUGAUCAGUCUCCGCUGCCGACGUCUCCUCGUCCCUUUGGCUCCGCGGGAAAUCUUGGGGACAGUUGGCCGGAUUUCUUCAUCCCAGAUGGAUGGGAAGUGCUGGCGAGGGUGGAAAACAGCUUGGCAGGGGUAGGAACGCUCUUGGCAGGAGCCUUUUGGAUUGAACAAAGCCUUUGCAGGGAGGUUGCAGAGCCCCAGUGGCCGCUGCAAGACCUGGAGCUGAAUUCUGGCUCGGGGACAAGGAAGCGUCUGGUUCACGUGCUGGGGAUGGGUUCUGCUCCUCCAUCCUGCUCCCUGUGUUGUCAAAACACAUGGAUUUGGCCAGCUGGAAAACAGGAGCGUCGGAGCUCCAGCUUGUUUGCCUUGGGCGUGGUUUGAGAGCUGUGAACGUGGCUGUGGGAGGUGUGUCAGGCUGGAUUUUACUGACGAGGGAAAAAGGAUGGAAUUGUUUGUAAAUUUGGGUGUCAGCCCCGUUGUGGAGGGGACAGCAGCAGUGUUGAGGGCAGUUCCUUAGGAAAUGUGUGCUGGGGAGAAAGGGAAUUCCGUGCAAACGUGCCCGGAGGUGUCAGCUCCCAGGAAAAGCCCAGCUGGCUCCGUGGUUACUUUCCAACGAGGACGGCUUUUCCGUGCUUUCUGUUAAUUUAAACCUAGUGGAACGUGGUGGGAGUCUUGGGUGUCGUGUGGGAACGGGUUGUUCAGGCCCACCUUGCUAGUGUAGGGAACGGUGAUGUGUUAGCUCUGUCGUGUAGCUGGCUGCUCACGUGGCCGGUGAUCCCCUGUGGUGUUCAGCUGCCGAAGGCUCGUGCUGCCCUUACCGGUGAGUUAUUUGGGAUGUGGAGUGGAAGAGAGAGAGGUACCGAGCUGCGAGUGCCACCGACCUUUGGGUGCUUUGUGUGCUGAAUUAAAAUGUGUGGUUCUGGUUUUUGUUUUGGAUUGAUAACCUUUGGAACUUUGGAGGCGAAGAGCACUUGGCUCGGCUGCGUUCAUUAGCUUAAUUAAAGCGACCUGCACUUUUGUUUGGUCAUUGAUUACUCCCCCUUCCCUGUCCCCGUGUGUAUUUUGCACUCACCACUUUAUCAUGACACUGAUGGAUUAAUCUGGGCAUUUCCUGUAUGUUUUGAGUGUGGGUAAGUCUCUAUAAUAUAUUAAAAAUGAAGGUGAACCAUAAAUCCCUGCUUUGUACAGAGGGCGGUGGGGGGAAAAACCAUUGGGAAUCCACCACCACAAGGAUCCGUGUGGAACAUGAGAAGUUUAAUCUCCUCACCUCUGUCCAAGGGCUGGGGGAUUUCCCUGUCCUUUCCUUGGGGGCUUUGAGAGGGAUUGGGAUGUGUAAAAUCAACACCUGGCCUACUUCCGCCCAGGUUUUGGAAAGCUGAGCAAGCUCUGUGUGUUACUUUUACACCUGAUCAUUGUUACCCAAGGAGCCUUUUCCAGUUUCAAAUAAUAAAAAGCGAAGUUUUGUGAA